UCGACAGGCUCGACAGGCUCGACAGGUUCGACAGGCUUGGCAGACUCGACAGGCUUCACAGGUUCGACAGGCUUGACAGAUUCGGCAGGCUUGACAGGCUUGACAGGCUCGAGCUUGACAGGCUCGAUAGGCUUGACAGACGCCGCUUUCUUCCCCUUCGACACACCAAAGCUGAACGGCCGAGGCUGA